AGAAAUUUGUAAUCUGCCUCAUACUCGCCUCACUCAUCAGUCGAACCCAACUGGCGAUGUGUACAGAAGAUGAGAACUCAACAGAAACGAAUGAAAUUAUUCCGCGAGAAGCAAUCGAAAAAUUAGAUUUUUCUGUAAGACAAGCCCUGUUACGUGCCAUAGAUAAGUUGGAGAGAGAAGCAGCAGCUGAAGAUUACGACGACGAAGAUGAAGAUGAAGAAGAUCAAACUGUUACCAGCAGUCCGACCGCAGAGCCACUAUCCCAAAUGCCGGCAAAUACGCUAAUUGCACCAAGCAUCAGCAACGCCGUCACGCCAUUCAAUAGCAGCACACCCACAAACAGCAAUUCCACAAACGCCACCAAAGACGAAAUACUUGAGGAGAGCACAAAUGGCGCCGAUGUGCAUCCAAGUGUACAGUUCUACACCGCCAUUUUCGAUGAGAAACACGCGCACGAACAGCCAUUAUCGACUUUCAUCGACCGCUCACGCAUCUGGAAGAAGACUAUCAAAAAGAUCCAUACGGGCACACCGGCGAUUUCCGGUGAUGACACUGUGGCACAUGCCUCUAGCACUUUUGAAAGUAGCCGACAGACCGCACGCAGUGUGGGUAAUAUACUAAAUUCAAACUCAGCGGUGCGCUUAAAUGAAAUAUCUGGCGAAAAUUCGGAUGAGGUCAAAUUUGAAAUACGUAAGACACAUAACAACGCAGCGACGACAACACCAACUACCACAACAACUACGACGACGACAACUACCACAACUACACCGCGUCCACGUACAACGCGACGUCGUCCACCUACUACGACCACUACAACAACUACAACUACACCACGUCCCACUCACAAUGAGGAUGGCGAAAAUAUCGAAGUGGUGGACAAGGGUGACAUACGCAUACAAGAGGCACCAUUGGUGACAGCAUUUACCGUGGAUUUAGAUGAACGUGGCGCGGCUAAGAAUGUCAUACCCAUCUUAGAACAACCGAAGGUACAGCGUCCCUUGGCUUCAGCCAACGGUCAACAGCAGUUCGCUACAGGUCCCACUAUCUCAAAGCUGAAUGUUUUACCAACGAAUCCACUAUCAGGCUUGCCUCAAAGUGAAGCCGUAUACAGCAAUGUUGCACUAGCGGCUCCAACGCAAGCGACAAAUAUUUUGGCUACACCUACAACGCCGUUUACGAAUACUGCGCAAGCGGAUAACUUUGUGACGAAGCCUUCUGCACAAACGGCUGCUGCUGUCAAUGAAAAUACCCGCCAAGAAGGAGUAAGCACUUACCUAAUCGAGCGCCAACGUCAACUCGAACAACAAAUCUAUCAGCUCAAACUACAAGCACAACAACAACAAGAUUUAAUUUUGAGACAACUAAAAUUACUUGAGGAACAAGCGAGAUUUAAUAACUUGCCACACCCCACUGUCCAAACACCGCCGGUGUCGACUGCACAAACUUUCGUGCAAACUUUACAGCAGCAGUCCCAUCAGCAUCAGCAACCGCAGACACACCCUCAGCCACAUGCACAACACAACCAACAAUUACAAAGUGCUGCGCAGCAACAACAACAAAGCCCAAUUGUCAGUUUCACCAUACGUCCCUCUGUGGAAUUCAUACCAAACCCUGUCACCCAAAGUACAACAACAUUUUUCAACACUUUCCCUGUGGAGCAACAAUUGCCAUUACAUGAGAGUGGCAAUAAAUUUUCGCUUAGCGGCAGUAGCAGCAAUUAUACACCAAAUAUAUUGGCAGUGACGCAACAACAAUUGCCAGUGAAUGAUCCCAUACAAAAGGUUUUCCAAAAUUUGCAAAAUCUUCAGAGCCAAAAAGUGAAUCCAACUCAACCGCAGGCGACAAACGCUGAAGCUUCAGUGCAGAUACAGGCAUCGAAUCAAUUUAAAAUCACACCUACUUUUCCAACCGUGCAGACACCGUUCGAAUUGUCACUCUUUCAGUCAUUGCCGCAGCAUAAUCACCAGCAAUUCCAUCAGCAGCAGCAGCAGCAGCAGCAUCCACCGGCGCAACAGCAAUCGCCUUUAGUGCCCACUUUUUUGAGUCAAGCGCUACUGGAACAGCAGAAACAGCAACAACAACAUAGCCAGCGGCAGCAACAAACAUUGCAACAACAGCAACAGCAUCGUUCGCGUUUAUUUCGCCAAGAGGCGGGCACGUCUAAUUUCGGCCAACAGCAGUCAAUAACUCAAUUUUCUUCGGUCCAAUCUGUCAUACCAACAGCCAUACUAAAUCAGCAGCAACAACAACAGCAACAACAAACAUUGGAUAAUAUAAAUUUCUAUCGGCAGCAUUUAGAUCCACAAAUUAGCAAUCAAUUGCAACAAAAUGCACAAUUAUAUCAGCAACAGCAGCAGCAAUUACAACCACCGCCAGCACUAAAUCGUGGCAUUAACAACUUUGCACCUCCAACUUCACAAAACCUGCCCUUCGCUGGACGAUUCUAAGCAUUUGGUAUGAGUCGCAACCGCAACGCCACAAGGAUGAGUACAACCUGUAGCAUUCACUUCCACAGCCGCCGUUAGCUCAAUACACGCAAAAGUAAUUAAUGCUGAAGUUAUUUGCACUUAAAUACCAUUACUGGCAGAACGCAUCAGCAAUUUGCUUACAAAGAAAAUAAUGCCCCAACACCAAGAGCAGCAACAUUUCCGCCCACAACUAACUUCUUCUUACUACUUAUUAACAAUAACAAAUGCACGGCAAAUCCUUUUUGUGAAUGACUUAACUAAGUAUAUGAAAACGUAGUUGUUAUAAAUAUUUUUUGAGAUGGCAGGGACCGUAACAGUUACAAAUGUUAUUAAAAACUGUCGCUCUUUA